AUGUCUACCACAAACGAAACUGAACAAACUGAACAACAUAAUCGACAAGCGAAUACGUCAGCUCACGAUAUUGAAACUUAUAAACUAUCUGAAAUUUUUUCUUUAAUUCCUGAAUUUGAUGGUGAUGCAAUAUUUUUAGGCUCAUUUUUACAUGCGUGCGAUUGUGCUUACAACAUGGCAGUCGGUGAACAACGCGAUCUUUUAGUUAUUCACAUAAAAAAUAAAUUAAAAGGAAAAGCCGCACAACUUGUCAAUUCUAGAAAUUUAUUAUCAUAUUUAGAAGUUAAGCAUUUAUUAAGUUUACAUUUUGGUGAUAGUCGGGACCUCUCUUCUUUAAUCCAAGAUUUGCAAAGAUUAAAACAAUUACCAAAUGAAUCCCCGUUAAUAUUCUUUAAUAGGCUUCAAACUCUUAACUCUAAAAUGCACUCUGCCGUGCAAAAACAAAAUUUAACCGCACCUCAAAAAAUAGCACAAACGAAUUUAAUAGACUCGAUGGCUCUAAACACACUAUUAACUGGUUUAGACCCACGUAUUGGUCACAUAGUACGUGCAAGUAAUCCCAACAAUUUACUUGAAGCUCAAGCUAGAAUUAGGCGAGAAUUGCAAUUGUCCUAUUUUGAAAACCAAAAACAAAAUAGACCCAUACAACCACAUCCAUCAUCCAGACCAAACACUACCUUAAGACGCCCGCAAAAUCCUAGUAUAAAAUGUUUUAAAUGCGGAAGAAUUGGCCAUACUUCAAUUGAAUGUAGAGGCGAAUUUUUAACAACCAUUAUUAACCCUAACGCAAUUCAUAAAAUAAUCGAUUUCUCGAAUUUAUCUUUUGAACCUCUACCUGAUCUACAAUCGAUAAAUAAUUUUAAUUAUUAUGAGUCAGCCGAACCUGUUGAUAGACGGCAACUAAUAAAAGAACAAUUGAGAAUUGACCACCUUAACGAAGAAGAACGUGAGGAAAUUACUAAACUUUGUUUAGAAUUUUCCGAUAUUUUCUAUAUCGAAGGUGAUCAACUUACGUUUACCAACGAAAUUAAACACUCGAUUGAUACUAAUAACGCCAAACCCAUUUACACAAAAUCAUAUAGAUAUCCUCAUAUUUAUAAAGAGGAAGUUAAAAGACAAAUUUCUAAAAUGCUCGACGAAAAUAUUAUAAGACCAUCCGUAUCUCCCUGGUCAGCCCCGGUUUGGGUAGUUCCUAAAAAACUUGACGCUUCAGGCAAGCAAAAGUGGCGAGUAGUUAUCGACUAUCGUAAACUAAACGAAGUUACGGUUAACGAUAAAUACUCAUUACCUAAUAUCUCAGACCUCCUCGACCAACUUGGUAAAUGCCAAUAUUUCACUACUUUAGACCUAGCGUCAGGGUUCCAUCAAAUAGAGAUAGACCCAAAGGAUAUUUCUAAAACCGCGUUUUCCGUAGAAAAUGGGCACUACGAAUUCGUUCGAAUGCCAUUUGGCCUGAAAAACGCUCCAUCAACUUUUCAGAGAGUUAUGGAUAAUAUUCUUAUGGGAAUUUUAAACAAAAGAUGCCUCGUCUACAUGGACGACAUCAUAAUCUAUUCUCCUACUAUCCACGAGCACAUUAACCGCCUACAAGAAGUCUUUAAACGCCUAAGAAAAUCCAAUCUAAAAAUACAACCAGAUAAGUGCGAAUUCUUACGCAAAGAAGUAGCCUAUCUCGGACAUUUAAUAACAGAAAACGGUGUAAAACCUAAUCCGGCAAAGGUCGAAUGUAUUUUAAAUUUUCCAGAACCAAAAAAUCAAAAAGACAUAAAAUCUUUCCUCGGAUUAGCAGGUUAUUACAGACGUAAAGAAUGUCAAGAAUCUUUUAAUACAUUAAAAACUGCUUUAACCACUGACCCACUUUUAAUUUAUCCGAAUUUCGAAGAACCGUUCAUCUUAACUACUGACGCAAGUGCUUUUGCAAUCGGAGCCGUUUUAUCCCAAGGACCGAUCGGGAAAGAUAUGCCCAUCGCUUACGCAUCAAGAACCUUAUGUGCCGCAGAAACUAAAUACUCCACUAUAGAACAAGAAGACACUGUUAUCCCUGAACCGAGCCCUCAACCCUCAUUUACUGAAGAAGACGAUCGAAACAUAACCGAGGAAUACAAUCGAUUUGUUGAUAAUUAUAAAACUAGAUCUUUAAUCGAUUAUUCUAAAAUAGAGGUUACAAAUGACCAACUACUAGACAAAUCAAAUAAAAAUAUCGUUACAUUCUUUAGGCAAAACAAAAUGGAAGAUUUACAUUUUAAAAUUAUUGACGACAUUCUUGAAGAAUAUUUAGAUUUCCAAGAAUUAAAAAUUAAUGUUGCUAAUAAACAAUACCACCUUGGCAAAAACAAUUUACACCGCGGAAUUAACGAAACUUGUCGAAGAAUUAGACAAAAAUACAAUUGGCGCGGUAUGAAUAAGAACAUCGAAGACUUUAUAAAAAAGUGCGAAAUUUGCCAAAAAGUCAAAAUUGUUAGGAAAAACUUAAGUAGACCUCUAGUAAUUACGGAAACCCCCCGAACACCAUUCGAAAGAAUAAACAUUGACAUUUUUGAAUACCCAACUCGUAACUACGCUUUAACCAUUAACGAUGAGCUCACGAAAUUUGUUCAAGCUUAUCCUUUACAAGACAAAAAAGCUUCUACCAUUGUAAAUACACUCUUAGUUUACUUCCAACACUUUGGUACGCCCCUAAGAAUUCAUUGCGAUUCUGGCAAAGAAUUUGAUAACACACUUCUAAAAGACCUAUGUCAACUUUUUGAUACGAAAAUAACAUUUUCAAGUGUAGGUCAUCCCGAAUCGAGUGGCUCUUUAGAACGUUUGCACGCGACCCUAGGCGAAAUGAUAAGAGUAAAUCUGGCCGAACAUCCCGAAGACCAACCCUUCUCGAUUUUACCUUAUGCUGUUAUUUGUUAUAAUAACACUAAAAACAGAACACACGGCUUUACUCCGUAUGAGCUUGUAUUUGGCCAUACAUCAAAUAGACCCCCAGAAACACUUUACAAUCAAGAAGCCCUUAUUUCAAAAUACAUCCGCGAUCUAAAUAAUAGAAUGAGCUACUUUUAUAAAGUUGCUAGGCAAAGAACAGAACAUGUCAAACAAAAGUCAAAAGAAAGAUUUGAUCAACGUAUAUCGGAAAAACAACCCGAAUUCUCCGUUGGUGAUAAGGUUUACGUCCGAGAAUCACAAAUAAAAUCCAAAUCAGAAAACAAAUUUAACGGUCCGUAUGUCAUAACUGAAAUCCUUUUAAAUUCAGCCAAAUUAUUAAACCCCGAAACGAAUAAAACAACCAAAGUUAAUUUCGAUAGAAUAAAACCAUAUUUCGAAUAG